CCUGUGAAGCAAAGGAUGGGGAAAGGAGAGGGACGAGGGCCUGGAAGUAGCCCGGCUGUGCUGCCCUCUCUCGCUGCUGCUGGGACAGCCCGUCCUCUGUCAAGGGCCUCUGCUCAGGCUGCUCCUGCCCGCCUCGGCUCCCGUGGCGUGGGGAUGGUGGGCAACCGGCAUUUGUCUUUUUCCUCCCACAGGAACCCGUGCGUGGAGGUGGAGCUGGUGAUGGUCCCCUCCACCUCGGCUCCCUGCUCUGCCACGCAAGGGCCUGCCAAGUGGCGCAGCAAGGCCACAGGAAUUGCAAGGGCGGUCCUCAGCCUGGCUUGGCAUCUGGCAGGUGCCCUUGUCUCCCUGUGGAGACACCUGCUGAGCACACGCGUCUUUGCCAGGCAAAAGAUGGGCCCGCAGAGCAAGAGGUUCUUGAAAGUCGUCUUCCUGUGGCUCCCAGUGGCUCUGGCUGGUGCUUACUGCGCGACCUCGCUGCCGGUGUGGACAACGCAGGCAAAGGGACUGAUAGAGGAGCUGACACGCGUGUCGUCGGCAAACCUGAAGAUGCUGUGGAACUUGCCCGUUUUGGUGGCGGAGGAAACCCAAAAGACACGCUCUCUGCUGGAGGAGGUGGCUCAGCUGAGGGCACAGAUCCGCAGUUUGAAGGAAGCUCAGGAAGUGAACCAGGCAGCUUCCAAGAAGGCUUUGGGUGCCUACAUCGAGAUGUCUGACUGGGCCCUGGAAAGCUCUGGUGCCACCAUUGACACGCAGAGAACUUCCGAGACCUACGACUGCCAAGAGAAUUGGGGCUGCAGGGUUUUAUGGUUCUUCCGCGCUGCCAAGCCUCCUGAGACUAUUUUGCAGGCGGAUGUUUCCCCAGGAAACUGCUGGCCUUUCCAAGGGCAUCAGGGCCAGGUGGUCAUCAGGUUGCCAGCACGAGUCCAUCUGACUGCCAUCACUGUGCAGCACAUCUCCAAAGACGUGUCUCCAUCUGGGACCGUCCUCAGCGCCCCCAGAGACGUCGCUGUCUUUGGAGUGGAUGCGGACGGAGAAGAGGAAACUCUCCUUGGGACGUUCACGUACGACGUGGCAAAAGAGUCUAUUCAGACCUUCCCUCUGAAGAACGCGCCGCUUCCCAGAGCCUUUCCGUCUGUCAAACUGCUUGUGGAGAGCAACUGGGGAAACCCAGCGUACACCUGCAUUUAUCGAGUGCAGGUUCAUGGGAAGAUGGCGCAACCAGGGAGCCCCAGGUGAAACCAGAGAGGAAAAAAAGUCAAACGUGAGAAAGAAGAAGAAGGGGAGGAAGAACAAAUAAAUCUAAAAGAUGUGGCAAUUGAGAUGGCUGUAGAACUGUAGAAGAUUUGUCUCCAAAGCGGGGUGCUCAAGACGUUCCACACUGCGGGAGGGGAAUUCGGGAGCGUGUGGAAAAUGUUAGAGCUUGUAUGCAAUUUUUUUCUUAAAAACGAGGAAGAUGGGAAGCAUUGCCAAGACUGAACCUAGAGAGGGGAGGCCCAGCCUGUCAGCGCUCCUCCCGCCGCCCCCGGAGGCUCCGCAAGCGGCCCCAGCCCAGGGCAGGCCGAAGGGCCCGGCUUCAGUUCACAAGAGGGAGGCUGGCCCCGCCCGCCGGCCCGCGCGGGCUCUGCAGGAGCUCCCCCAGGCGCCCGCCCACCCUCUUCCCGGCUUCUCAGCCAAUGGCGCCCGCCAGGCGGGGACAGGCAGGGCCCCCCGCCAACCACCGCAGCGCCCCUUCUCUGGCCCCGCCCCGCUGCGGCCGCGUGCCAGCGGACGAGCACGUUGCUACGGGCGCGCCCGGAGCGCCAGCCAGGGCCGCGGGUUCGAGUCCCGCCGCUGGCUUCGAGGCCCGGCGAGGUCAAGGAAUGAGGCGCUUGCUGGCGUGAAUGCCUCACGUACCAGCCACAGGGCUGCCCGCGCAGGAGGGGAAAGCUGGUUUAAUGGGAAAUUGUAGUGAUAAUUGGGUUUGAAGUACGGGUGCUUGUCAUAGCUCUUUUGGUCAGUUAUUAAGAGAAGAAGAAUUUUGCCAAGGAUGUUUUCUUGUUGGGGGGGUCCGAGUCCCCUGCCUGGUUUGGAAAGGGCUUCGAGUCCCCGAAGUUGACCAAGCGGGUUAGAGUCCCACUGAAUGGGGUUUGAGUCCCCAGUUUGGCCACUUGUCUUGACUGGUCUCUGAAUUUUGGCGUGGUUAUCAGAAUAUGGAUUUAUUUUUGCAUGUUUGGAUCAGAUAGUUGUUUUGGAAGUCACAUUUAAUAUGGGUGGGGAAUCGUCUAAAGGCACCGUCUUAAAGAAGUCACCUCUAGGGCGUUGACUGAAGCAUUGGAAGGGGGGUGGGGGUGGGUUCGAUCCCCUCACAAGGAAGCAGUUAACUGAAUAUUGUAAUCAUUGGUCGCCGAUCUAUACUUUGAAAUAUAAUACUAUAAUACUACUAUAUUAAAAUAAUAUGUAUUAUAAC